GCAGGUUCAAUUUCUAUUUUUAGUCUGGUCUCUAAAGUUCUAGAAGGUUGACUGUUUUACACUACUGCUGCCUAUACUAUACAAAAUUGCGAACAUAUGUGACUUGACCAGUAUGUCCUGUGUUUUGUUUCAAAGAAAUGCACGCGGAAGGAAGAAUUAGAAGUUUUACUACAGCAUCUUCUCUUGCCUUCCUUAGGAUUACAACGACGUCCCAAAGGACGACGAGCAUGAGAAGUUUCGAGACUUCUUGGGUAUCUGAUGUAUUUACAUAUGUACGUGAUCUUCUGCGCUACAGAUCGACCAUGGUCUGCUCUCCUAGAAGCAUAUUUUGGGCCAUUCUCUGGAUGGCCAGCAUGUUCUAGGAGGUAACGAGAUUGUGAUCUCUAUACGGGCGGGAAUGAUACCAAUCGCGAAUUGGGACCCGAGGAUUAGCA